AUGACAGCAUUGCAAAAGAAAGCUUUGCUGAGAAGACAGCUUGAGGAGAGUUUGAAAGACUAUGAAGAACCAAUAAAGUACUUUAGAAGCAUAUUGCUUUGGCACAGACCAGUGGACUUGGGUGUAUUGAUCGUGUUGCUCACAACUGCACUUUGGUACCUUCGUGGUAUCUCCCUGUCCGUCGUCACCACUGUCUUUCUUGCUAUACCCACCUAUCUACUCAUUCAACUAAUCGCUCAGAAUGCCAACCUAAACAUCAUCUCUAAAGUAUUCCCACACAGCAGCUCACAUGAAGCAUUCAUUGAAGUUGUCAACACAUUGGUUUCAAUCAGGUUCUCAAUGAGUGAGAUGGUGAUUGACCUCUAUCGCUUCAAACAGCUAAGUCCAGUCAAGUUCUUUGCACAGACUACACUUGUCUGCUUGUUAAUAGCCUACAUUGGUACAUUGUUCUCUGGAUACUCACUCUUCAUUCUGACAUUGUACACUGUCUUGUUGUUGCCAGGAUUCAUUUCCAAUCAACAUCACAGCUCAAUAGUGUCCACAGUACUUCCAUUGAUUGAGAGCAGUGUACAGGCAAUCACAGCGACCAUCACAUCAUUGGUCGAUCAAUACAUCAACAAACAACCAGCAGGUGCCAACGUGGCCAGCAACAGCAACAGCAACAAUGCACCACGACCAUCACCAAGCAGCAAUGCAUAUCCCGACACCGUUGAUAUCACAAAGAAGAACUCAUAA